AUGGAAAGCGGAAUUAAAGUAUCCGAAGAAACUGUCGCAAAGUUCAACCAGAUGAAACUAAAGAAAGUGAAAACCAGAUACAUGGUACUUAAGGUGAAGGGAAACUUCGUAGAUGUAGAGAAUGAUGGAGAGGGAGAUGUGGAGGAACUCUUGACAGUACUACCAAAUGAUGAAUGUACAUUUGUAGUUUACGACAAGGGACAAAACCUUGUGUUGUUCAUGUUCGCGCCCUCUGGAGCCACCACUCAGUCGAGGACAGUGUACUCGACAACAAAGCAGACUGUAGAAAACGCUUUACCAGGAGUCAGACUCCAUAGGAACCUUGUUGAGGAUCACGAUGAGGUCAGAGACGCUCUAAAAUGA